GCACAGUUCGGCCUCAAAUGCAGACUGAAGAGGCAUAAAACAGCUUUUGGAACAUCACUGUGAAAUAUGUCUGCUGGACAAAAAGAGACACUGCGGGACAGUGCAUGUCAAACUGGAUCUGUUAUUUUUUUCUCAAACCCUUUGAUGAGUGAUAGUGAAUCAGACUGGUCUCCGAUUCAUGAUGCUGCAUUUAAUGGACGUUUCCUGGCUCUGCAGAGACUUAUCGCUCAGGGUACAUGUGUAAAUCUGAGCACACUGGACCAGGUUUCUCCCCUCCAUGGAGCAUGUAUACAGGGCCAUGUAGCUUGUGCAAAGCUUCUGGUGGAAAAUGGGGCAAAUGUAAACAUUUCAACGGUGGAUGGACAAUCCCCCCUGUCAGAAGCUUGUGCCCGGGGCCAUAUGACCUGUGUAUCGCUGCUCCUUCAACAUGGAGCGACUCCCUUUGGGACCAACCAGUUCAAUUCCCCAAUCCACAUGGCUGCAGCCAAAGGUCAUCCAGAGUGCAUUGAGUCUCUUGUUCAGUAUGGUGCAGAUGUGGAUCAAUAUGUGGACCAAUCGGGCUCCCCUCUCCAUGCUGCCUGCUCCAAUCAGCAUCUGAGUAGUAUAAAGAAAUUGCUUCGACUUGGUGCUAGUGUGAACAGCAGUGUGUCUGGUGACUCGCCCCUGCACAUUGCUGCCCGUCUGUCAAACCCAGAGAUGGUGUCUGUCCUGCUUGACCACGGGGCGGAUCACUCCCUCAGGAACCUGGAGAGCAAACGGCCACUGGACCUCGCACCUCCCAACAGCCUGGCAGAGAGGCUGCUGAGACAAGCUGGAGGAAUAUCUCCUCUGAUACACUUGUGCCGGCUGUUCAUCAGGAAAACUGUGGGCAAGCAGAGACUAGGCCGGAUUCAUGACCUUCACCUCCCCACAAAAUUGAAAAAGUAUCUUCUCUACCAAUCAGACCUGAGAUGAGAUAUAAUGCACUGAAAUGACUGUCAACGCCAGAUUUAGUGCAUUUCACCCUGAGGCCAACAGGGGGUGGGCUUGGAUAAU